GAGGUGCUCCGGGUCUCCGGACCCCCCUGCGCCGGGCGAACCCCCAGAGUGUGGGCUGCUCCCGUGGGGCCGGACACCUGUUCGGCCGGGCCCGGCGUGGGCGCCGGGGGCCAGGAUGAAAGUGACCGUGUGCUUCGGCAGAACCGGCAUCGUGGUGCCCUGCAAGGAGGGCCAGCUGCGCGUCCGGGAGCUCACGCAGCAGGCGCUGCAGCGGUACCUGAAGACCAGGGAGAAGGAUCCUGGCUACUGGGUGAAGAUUCAUCACUUAGAAUACACGGAUGGAGGAAUCCUGGAUCCAGAUGAUGUUUUGGCAGAUGUCGUUGAAGACAAAGAUAAGCUGAUUGCUGUGUUUGAUGAACAAGAACCACUCCACAAGAUUGAGAGCCCCAGUGGAAACCUUGCAGGUCAGCAGACCCCAGAUGCCUUUGAGACGGAAGUGGCUGCCCAGUUGGCUGCAUUUAAACCAAUUGGUGGGGAGAUCGAAGUAACUCCUUCUGCUCUAAAAUUAGGUAUGUACAUUUUCACUAGUAUGUUUUUCACCUCUCUUUGUAGUCGAUGCGCAGACAGGUGGAUGCGGUUUUUGCUUGCAUUGCGGGCAAAUCUGAACCGCAUCCUCUCGAAUUAUCCUACAGGACAGGCUGGUCUUGAGGCCGUGUGCUGGAAUGCAGACGAUGGAGGGCCUUCUGGAGGCGUCCCUCCAUCCACAGCGAGAGAACUUAGCCUUUGUACAGCUAACAUCUGCUCUUUUCCCAUGAUUGGGCUUAAGGACGUAGCUAUGGAAAUCAGUAUGUCUGAUGUCAUUGCUACAGAAGAUGGUGGUGUGCCCGUCACUGACUUCAGGCGCUUGAUGGACAGCAUUCUCCCAUCUCUCUGCCAAACUUUUAGUUCCUGCCAUAAAAUGCAGGAGCAAAAUUUCAACUCAAGUGAUAAGAUUCUCAACCGCCAUUUGUUGCAUAUCUUCUUCGGUGCAGUUCCUCAAAAUUCGAAAGCUCUGUCUCUUUUCAAGGAAAUGAAAAACGUGGAUUGUGAUUGCCACAAGGUAUGUAACGAUGAGGGGAGAAGUAUGGAGGAAGAUGACUGGAAAUUAGGAGGAGGCCAGGUCUGGAAGGGUCUAGAUGGCCAAGAAAAAUUGUGCAUCUGUGGGGGUAAACUAGGGAAGGCGACUCUACUAGUGCUGAAGCUUUUACUGAAACGUGAUCAUCUAAAUCACUGUCUGGAGCAGAUGCCACAUGAUGGAGAAGUUCUGGACAGCACAAUUGUGGCCAUGGCCUUGUGUUUUAUGCUGAGUGGGCCUGCUCAGGUGUCCUAUAUAAAACCUGUUGCUGAUAUUUAUGGAGUGCCUGUAGUGGUUGGGGGACUAGAUAAGCUUGUCAAUAGUCAUGAAGUGAACAGCGUUUACAAGGUGAAAGUGUACGUUCCUAGCUUACCAACCAAACAAGUCAUAAACAGUCCUAGCCUUCUCUCGAGAAGUCCUGUUCCUGCCCUCUUGCAGACUAUCCCGUACCACUUUGCAUUCCCACCAGCAGUAGAUAAGGGCUCCGGUUUCUCCACAUCCUCACCAACACUUGUUAUUGUCUGUCUUUUGGAUGAUGGUCAUCCUCAGGGGUGUGAGGUGGCCUCUCGCUGCGGUUUCGAUUUGCAUUUCCCUGAGGAUAGCAGAGGCGAACUGCUCACGGCUAUUAGGCAGGAGUUUCUGUGUGCCAGUGAUUGCAUGCUUGUGGCUCAUAAUCAGAGUGAUCCACAGCGACCAUUAGACGGUCUUGCCACAGCUGCUGUCUUGGGUCUGCUGUUUUCGCCAAAAAUGUCAGCAUUCCUCCUACAGACCUGCCCGUAUGAUAUCAUGUCUCAAAGCAAAGGAAAUGCAUUUCGCAUUGCAACCCCGCACACAGGAAGCCCCGAGCCUCUGUCCGCCUGCCCCAUCUCUAGAGAAUAUCAAAGCAUUCUGUUAUUGCAGUAUAUAGAAAUGAUUUUGGCAAGUGACAAACACUGCCCGUUAGAUUCCACACAGAACUUAGAAGAUGGAGAAGUUAUGAAUGGUGUGCAGACAGAACUCCUGGCAUCGCUGAAAACCAAGGAUGCAUUGAGUGAUAUGACAAGAACAGUGGAGAUUUCUGGGGAAGGAGGCCCCUUGGGAAUACAUGUAGUGCCUUUCUUUUCAUCUCUGAGUGGAAGGAUUCUAGGACUCUUCAUCCGCGGCAUUGAAGAAAAUAGCAGGUCCAAGCGGGAGGGACUAUUUCAUGAAAAUGAAUGUAUUGUAAAAAUCAACCACGUGGACCUCGUAGACAAAACCUUUGCUCAGGCUCAAGAUGUCUUCCGCCAGGCAAUGAAGUCCCCAAGCGUCCUCCUCAAUGUGCUUCCACCUCAAAACCGUGACCAGUAUGAAAAAUCAGUCAUUGGACCGCUUAACAUUUUUGGUGACAAUGAUGGCAUUUUGAGAACAAAGCUGCCUCCUCCUGUCCAUGGAAUAUCAGGAAUAAAAACAGGAACAGGAACAGGGCGUCCUGAAGAGGAUGCAUCGACUUCCCUGCAACAAAACAAGAGCCCCCGAGUCCCAAGACUGGGUAGAAAGCCAUCCUCUCCCUCACUCUCCCCUCUCAUGGGGUUUGGCAGCAAGAAAAAUGCAAAGAAAAUUAAGAUUGACCUAAAGAAAGGCCCUGAAGGACUGGGUUUCACUGUUGUUACCAGAGACUCUUCCAUACAUGGGCCUGGUCCCAUUUUUGUAAAAAACAUUUUACCAAAGGGAGCAGCGAUAAAAGAUGGCCGCCUGCAAUCAGGGGACAGAAUUUUGGAGGUAAAUGGCAGAGAUGUCACUGGACGAACUCAAGAAGAGCUCGUGGCCAUGCUGAGGAGCACCAAGCAGGGAGAAACAGCAUCGCUGGUCAUCGCCCGUCAAGAAGGAGCUUUCCUUCCCCGAGAGCUGAAAGGAGAGCCUGACUGCUACCCACUCUCCCUGGAAACAACUGAGCAACUCACCUUCGAGAUCCCCCUGAAUGAUUCAGGUUCUGCUGGUCUUGGCGUGAGCUUGAAAGGGAACAAAUCUCGAGAAACUGGAACAGACUUGGGGAUUUUUAUCAAAUCCAUCAUCCACGGAGGUGCUGCUUUUAAGGAUGGUCGUCUGCGGAUGAAUGACCAGCUGAUUGCCGUUAAUGGGGAAUCUCUUUUGGGAAAAUCCAACCACGAAGCUAUGGAGACACUGAGGCGAUCAAUGUCCAUGGAGGGAAACAUUCGAGGGAUGAUCCAAUUGGUGAUUCUGCGGAGGCCAGAGAGACCAAUGGAGGAGCCUACAGAAUGUGGGGCAUUUUCUAAGCCAUGCUUUGAGAAUUGUCCAAACACUAUAAACGCCUCCAGGAGAAACGAUAAUAGUUCAUUGCAUCCAUUUGGCACUUACAGUUCACAAGACAAACAGAAAGAGCUAUUGCUUCCCAGUGACGGAUGGGCCGAGGCUGAAGUACCACCUUCUCCACCACCACAUCCCCUUCUGGAAUUGGGCACUGAAGAUUACAGCCACAGCUCUGGGGUGGAUUCGGCAGUGUAUUUUCCAGAUCAGCACACCCACUUCAGAUCCGUGACACCGGCCAGGCAGCCUGAAUCAAUGAAUCUGAAAGCCUCAAAGAGCAUGGACCUUGUGCCAGAUGAAAGCAAAGUCCACUCAUUGGCUGAUCACAAAUCGGAAUCUCCGAGCAAAGAUUUCGGUCCAACUCUGGGGUUGAAAAAGUCCAGUUCCUUGGAGAGUCUACAGACCGCGGUCGCUGAGGUCAGGAAGAAUGAACUUCCCUUCCACAGACCCCGGCCACACAUGGUUCGUGGCCGUGGCUGCAAUGAGAGCUUCAGAGCAGCCAUUGACAAAUCCUACGAUGGACCCGAAGAGUCAGAAGCUGACGGUCUGUCUGAUAAGAGCUCUCGCUCCGGCCAAGGAGCUCUGAAUUGUGAAGCUGCCCCUCAGGGGAGCUCUGAGCUAGAGGACGUGGAAAAUAAAGCCAGGAAAAUCAAAAAACCAAAAGAGAAGGAGAAGAAGAAGGAAAAAGGCAAAAUGAAAGUCAAGGAGAAAAAGCUGAAAGAGGAAAACGGAGAUCCUGAAAGGAAAAUAAAGAAGAAAGGAUUUGGUGCCAUGCUGAGAUUUGGAAAGAAGAAAGAUGAUAAGGGAGGCAAGGCUGAACAGAAGGGCACUCGGAAGCAUGGCAGCCUGAGGGAAGAGGAACUGGAAAAAAUGAAAGAAGAACGAGAAAGGAUUGGAGCAAAACACCAGGAGCUAAGGGAAAAGCAGGCAAGAGGUCUUAUUGAUUAUGCUACUGGUGGAAUUGGGUCACUGCAUGAUAUGGACGAUGAUGAAAUGGACCCCAAUUAUGCCAGAGUGAACCAUUUCCGGGAACCAUGUGCAUCAGCAAAUGUCUACAGGUCACCAUCUCCACCUCGGGCUGGACCAUUGGGUUACCCACGGGAUGGCCGUCCGCUGUCUCCAGAGAGAGACCACUUAGAGGGUCUCUAUGCCAAAGUCAACAAACCAUACCAUCCACCGAUGCCAGUUGACAGUGGCCGUCCUCCAAGCGGAAGCACUGAUCGAAUCCAGAAGUUGCGGAAAGAGUAUUAUCAGGCACGGAGGGAAGGUUUCACCUUAUAUGAGGACGACGAGGGAAGAGCAAGGCUAGAUUAUGACUUUCACUGGGUGUCUGGAAAGGGUCCAGAUGGGAAUGCACACAACAUCCGCUUUGAGGGGAUGGAGAGACAGUACGCCUCCUUACCCAGGGGAGGACCAGCUGAUCCUAUAGACUAUCUGACGGCCACACCUCGAGGGCUCUACAAAGAAAGGGAGCUCCCGUAUUACCCAGGGGCUCAUCCCGUGCAUCCUCCCAAAGGGAGCUACCCACGUCCCCCGGAUCUGAGGCUUGCAGACCUCCGGUAUCCUCAGUACUACCCUCCUCCACCAGCCCCCCAGCAUAAAGGACCCUUCCGACAAGAUGUCCCGCCUUCCCCUCCUCAGCACCCCAGAGUGCCAGCCUAUCAGGAAAUGGGUAGACCAGGGCCCCGAGGGGGCAGCCCGGACCAGUACCCCUACCGAGCCCAGGAUCCCAGGCAGAAGAACCCCAUGACUGCAGCUGUGUAACUGAAUAUCACCACGCCCAGCCCAGCCCAGCCCAGAAGGGAAGACGGCUAACAUCACCUUUGCCCUUCCUAGACUGUAAGACCUUCCUCCUGUUCAGAAUUCUCCAGGGCACAGAUAGGUUCUUCUCACCGAGGUUGCAACACUUGACUGCUAACCAGAGGGAAAAAGGAGGGGACAGGAGGACGGGGGAUCAGAAGGAAGAGAAAGGACAGGGUCCAUCAAAACAGUACUGCCUGAGACCUGAAAUGCAUUUAGAAUUGUUCAAUUCCGUGAGAGCGGCAGGUAAACAGGCAAAUAACAAAGAACAAUGGACAUACCACACAGUGCCUUCCUGGUGCGCACAAGCCCCAUGGAACUGGCAGCACAGAGACUCUCAGAGGCUGAGCCUCAGCCACCUGAGAGUGGCUGCAAAUAUGGGUGUCUUAAAUGAGUAGUUUUCUCAUUGAGAAAACAAACCAACAGCAGACAUGACUAGUGAUCUCUUUGAAAUGUUUAUACCCAGAAGAAGACUGCAUUUCUCUCUUUGUAGAAUUUCUCAGGUUCCUCGUACCACUCGUCUGGUAUAAGUAUUUUACAUUUCCUUGCCAUAUAUAUAUAUAUAUAUAUAUAUAUAUAUAUAUAUAAAACACAACACGAAUGCAGUAUUAGUGUCCUGAGAGAAUGUUUAAAGCUAGUCAGAGAUUCCAGAAGGAAUAUAGUCCAAGGACCAAGGCGAUCAGGUUAAGAGGGCUGAAAAUCCCCUGAUCCUCACCUUCCUUCCCCCGAGUCCCAGGCGUGAUUGCAUGGAGAUAUCCGGUUUCAGAACCAUCUCCAAAUCUGGAACCGGGGCCUCGACUUUAAGGCUCCCACUUGAGGGCUAAAAUGCAGUUGGAAAAGAGAGGGCUCGUUGCUUAGGUCACACAGGAAGCAAUGAUCCGGAGAUGCCAAUUCCACACUCAGUGCCAAACAGUGCCAUCUGCACCCGGGGACAAGGAGGGGCUGACUGUGGCCUCUGGGAUUGAUGACUAGGGAGCAGUAGAUGGCAGUGAGUGACUGUGUGUGUGUGUAUGUGUAUGCGUGUGUGUAUGUGUGAAGGUAUGUGAUUACCAGUAUGGAGAAUGUAAGAUAAAAAUGCUUUCUGGAAAGUUUGAUGAGGAAGGAAAUAAAAAGGAAAAAAAAAAUCAGAGGCGAAAGGAAAAGAGGCAUAAAACCAGAUCAUUCUACAUCUGCUGUAUUUCAUUAACAAAAGUCGGGGGAGCACCCAGCCCGGGCCAGCAUCUCCAACUGGGACUAGAAGGUCUUAUGGUUUGGAAAAGCUGACACCCCGCCCUCUAAAACCCAUCCCAUUUCCUUUGAGCUUUGCAGUGAUUUUCUACUUAUUUCAGCAAGACUUCUAAAACUUCCAACCUGACCCAAAUGAGAACACAACAGAAGACUGAGAAACAGCAAAAUCUGGGAGCAGCCGUUUGAAUCGUUCAAUGGCUCUUAAGAGACUUAAAGCCUUGCGGCUCCUUCUCCAUUCCCUCAAAACAAAACAAAACAAAAAAAGUAUUGAGUUCCAUUUGGACAUAUUUUGGCUGAGAUUAGAAUACCUCUGCCUGACAGGACUUAAUAAAUUAUAGUAUUAUUAACUAUAGAGUAUCCAACCCAGUUUAGGUGUUUUUUUUAAUUUAAAAUAGAGUUCUAUUACCAGGAAUGAAGCAGCUGCUGGUUUUAGACAUAAUAGUGUUAUUUACUGGACUUUAAGAGGUAUCAUUUUCUAAAGUACAAUUACCUUGACCAUCUUAAUAAAUAGACUGUCAAGUUGGGCUUCUCCAUCUGUCAUCCCUCUUGAGCCAGGCACCUUACACCUUUUGCAACGUGUGCACGGAGGUUGAGGGGCUCAGGCCCUGCUCACCUAGAGGUGAGAUGCAGGUGAGCUCCCGGGCUUCUCUGCCAACACCGCUGAAUGACACUUUACCCUCGAAAUAAAUAAACUUCCAGGAAGAGAAGGAUAAAGUGAGGGAAAUGUAACGUGCUUGGGAGCGUUAAAAUCAGCUCUUGGGCAUGUUGCAUUUUGAGCCAAAUUUCUCUAGGCUAUUAGACAUAGCCAAGCCAGGAGUCUCCUUCUGGAUUAAGGCCAAGGCCACACGAGAGGCAGCCAGAGGCAGUGCGAGAGGGUGAGAUAUCCUGUGCGUGUUGGAGGAGUGGCCCUUGUAGGAAGAAUGCCCAUCUUCCCCACGUUGCACAAUGCCUCCUGCUCACAGGCUCGGGGCAAGCUGCACCAAAUACGGUCUUGCGCUGCAUUCACAGUCAAUAAAACAUUUGCUAAUCCUGCGGGGCAGCCAGUGAUUUGAAACUGCUCUUCAAGUGGACGAAAACGAGAGGACAGCCGUUUUCUUGCUUGAAGUACAACACACGCCCAAUUUGACCCCGCCCGAACGAAGCGCACGUGUGUGUCACAGAGGCUCCAUCGAGCCAGGCCACAGUUAAGGAGGGCUCGAAUGUAAGCUUCGUAAGCGCCUGUGAACCAGCCCUCCACUUGCCAGCACCCAGAGGCUGUAGAACUCUCUCCCAGUAUCUAGGAGAACUGGUGGUUUAGAGUGUUUAGAAGGCCAGCCUGUAGUCAGUAGGUGCCCAGUAGCAGGAAGUAGUUCCCCAUUUAUUUACGGCCUUGGCGAGACUCAAUCUGGUGUCUGCUCCUUGCUCAGAAUACCAUAACGCCCCUCCCCACAGGAACAGAGUAGCACAGUGAGCUGCAAACCCAUCAGCACACACCCACCGACUCCUGAUCUGACUGCUGGGUCGCUGAGGCCUGGAAAUGAUGCUUUGGCCUUGAGUCGUGAGAUAUUUGAAGGAGCUCUGGUUUAUCCCUUUUUGCAGGAGGGGAGAUGGGAAAGGGAGCAGACUAUUGCAAACUUUUAGAUGCAGGAGAAUUCGGUCCUCUGCCAGGAGGAGAAACACUGCAUCUCGUUAACCCCUUGCGCCAUUGGACUGUGGUAGAAAAUUGGUUCCCCACAAUAUUAAAUCAGUGGAUGAAAGGCAAUCUCAAAGACAGGAGCACCUUUUUACAUCACAAUCGAGUAACAAACAAAAAUCGGAAAAUAAAAUUACCGUGAAGCUCAUAAUUCUUAGAUAUGUAAGUCAACAUGCAUUGACCCCACAGGACAGCAUGGAGCAAAGAUCUUAUAACCAAGGGUGUGAGGAGAUCCACAGACCCACCAUGACCCCAUGGAGGAAACCAUGCAUGCUGCCCCAUAAAGGAGGUUGGAAACUUCCUUGUGGCUCUCUUUGUGCCACCAACUAAAUAAAAUUAAAACAUGACUCAUUAUUCCCUUCAAAGAUCUGUGAACUUGUUGAACUAUCUUCUGAAGGAAAUGCAUCUGACAACCUGAGGAGCUGUCAUGCAUGGAGUCUAUGUGCAUAAUAAGGAUCCGGCCUUUGAGGGGCAUUCGUUCCCCUAACCUGUAGCCCCAGCAGUUGUUUUCUUUGGAGAGACAUCUUAGCCUUUCAGGGCGGAUAGAGAGAUCUGCACAGUUUGGGGAGGGAUGUAUGCCUCUAAAAUCCCCGUAGGCAUUAAACUCUGAAAUCCGCAACGAACUGCCCUCAAAUCGGUGCUAAAUUGGGUAGACACCCUACUGCUUUUGAGUCCAGGAGCAACAAAAGGUCCAGACUUGGUGCAAUUAGGCAGGAGGGAGUGGGAUCCAGAACCAGCCACGGGAGUACUUCUCUGCCCUCCCAGUUCCCACCGACUUAGUUGGAAAUGAUGCCACAAUGAGACCAGAAAGAGGAGUCUCCAUAAGAUAUCCCUACAAAGUCACCUCUCUGGAAAAAAAAAAAAAAGGAGAAUGAAAGAUAGAUAUCUAAAAUAAGCCUAGAAUCUCAUAUGCAGCUACUACUUCUAAGGGAAACUCUUUUCUCCCUCAUGUCCUUAAAUAGUAAUAGAAUCACGCAGCUCCUGACUUUUAAAGAUGGGCUUAACUCCCGAGCCUGGAGUGCACAGUGAACUAACCCCAACGACCGAGACUGUCUCCUCACUCAGCUCUGAGAGCGUGUGCUGUUCCAUCUAUGCUGCCCGCAGUGCUGUUUACUACUGGAACGUAAAAACAAACCCUACUGUGGAUACAGUCACUUCUUCUAGUGUUUUCCUGCGCUUUUUUGGCACCAAGUCUGUUCAUAAGUUCUGAAGAUAAAUUAUGUGAAAUCAUAUUUUGGCAUAUGGGGGCAGAGAAUGAAUUCUUCACAGACUUUUUAGAAUGAUCCCAUUUGUACCACAGAAAACAUUUUGGAUGCUGUUAUAUAUGAACAUACAAAUUUUUCUUGUUUUAUUUUGCAUUAAAAUAAAGCUUUAUUCAUUAAGAUA